AUGGGAUCGAUAGGAAGAUUGAUUUUAGUUACCGGUGCGAAUGGCUUCAUUGCUGCACAUACUAUUAUUGCUCUUCUGGAAGGGGGUUACCAAGUCCGGGGAACCGUUCGAUCCGAAGCUUCGGCUGAGAAAGUUCGAAAAACUUACUCUUCCUACUCGGAUAGGUUUUCUGCGGUAGUUGUUCCCGACUUGAGCGUAAAAAACGCCUUUGACGAGGCAGUCAGGGGUAUCGACGGGGCUCUGCAUAUUGCUAGUCCAUUUACAUUCAACAUUAGAGACAAUGAGGCCGACUUAUUGAUUCCGGCAAUUGAAGGAACCAAGAGCCUACUAAAGUCGGUUGCUACACAUGCGCCUCGAGCCAAACGAGUUGUCGUCACCUCAUCUUCUGCUGCAAUGGUCGAUUUCUCCAAGGGCCUUUGGCCAGGUCACGCAUAUAACGAGUCGGAUUGGAACGAAAUCACUUAUGAUCAUGCUAAGACUGCUGAUCCGCCGGUGGCUUACUGCACUUCCAAAGCUCUGGCGGAGAAGGCUGCUUGGAAAUUCGUUGACGAGCAAAAGCCUCAUUUUGACCUCACUGUCUUAUGCCCUCCCAUGGUCUUUGGUCCUACAGCCCACGCCUUGUCUUUGUCGACAAUGAAUACCAGCACUUGGGAUAUUAAUCGAUUCCUAUCUGGCGAGCUCGAUGAUGUUCCCGACACAGCUUGCUGGGCGUUCGUUGACGUACGAGAUCUUGCUGAUGCUCACGUCCGUGCUCUGGAGAUUCCUGAAGCUGGAAAUGAGCGCUUCUUUAUUGUUAGUGAGCGUUACAGUUACCAGAAAACGGCUGACGUUCUACAUGCGUCUCCCCGUAUUGCCAAAGAGGAUAAAAAGUUGAUCCCUGUUGGGAAGCCGGGGCAAAAUUACCCAUCGCCAGAGGUAUACGAGGUCGAUAACUCAAAGUCAAAGAGAAUUCUCGGGUUAAAGUAUCGCUCGUUUGAAGAAUCUAUUGUUGAUGCUGCUGUCAACAUGAUUCAAAUUCGCAAUAAAGCCAUGUAA